GUGGCUCACAUCCGAGCAGAAAGGGACAUCCUUGUUGAAGCCGAUGGUGCCUGGGUCGUGAAGAUGUUCUACAGUUUUCAGGACAAACGCAACCUUUACUUGAUUAUGGAGUUUCUUCCGGGAGGUAGGGCCAUGUAAAACUCUCUGAUUUUGGGCUAUGCACAGGUUUAAAGAAAGCUCACCGAACUGAAUUCUACAGAAACCUCACGCAUAAUCCACCAAGUGACUUCUGUGAGUACUGCAAAUUCCGCCUUACGAUAAAUAUUCCGCAUACUGUAUUGAUGGAGGAGGGUAUUUAUGGCUCGAGGUUGAACUGGUUCCUCUAUUGCUCCUUGGCUAAAGUAAUUUUAUUUCUGUUAUGCAACCAUUUAUACCAAUUAUCCCAAAUUUCAUAGACUCUUCUUUGUCCUUUAAUCUUAAUGUCAAUUUAUCCAUUUCUGCACAAUCUAGAAUUUUUCUGAAUCACUAGUUCAUCUGGGGGGAAAUAACUGCAUUUCCAAUAUAUAUUUCCAAACGUUAUUUUGGCUGUAGUCAACAGGUGUUAACGGUGCAUCCACUAAUGGCGGUAGAUAUAAGAUUGUUUUGUUAUUGGAGAGAUACAGGUUGAUA